AUGAGUCCUUUCCUAAACGGUGAUCGAUCACCUUCACCCGAAGCGCCAGCCAAGUUCGGCCCCGACAUCAAAGUGGCAGUAAUCGGUGCCGGUGUCAGCGGAAUCUGCGCAGCAGCAUAUCUCCUCAAAGAAGGCGCCGACGUCACUGUAUUCGAGCGAUCUGGCGUCACAUCUGGAGUAUGGCACUAUGACCCGAGAGCAGCGACGACGGAGUACCCCAGCGAGAAACCCUCUGCCGGCGACUAUGUGACUUCACUCCCAGGGCAGUUCUCAUCCAGUCGAACCAAAGACGGAAGUACUGCUCAUCCCCUCGAGGCAAAAGACAGGAACGAUCUCGACGUCGCAUUCUCUCCUCCCGGCCCCGCUUAUUUCGGUCUCCGAAACAACGUCCCUACAAGUCUUCUCUACAGCAAUCUUGGUCCAUGGCCAAAGGGAACUGAGGAUAUCACCGGUCAUGAAAAUAUCCAAAGCUAUCUCCAGGGUCUUAGUAAGAAAUUCGGCGUCGACGAUGCAACAGUUUUCCAUACGCGUGUCGAAGACGUCAAAAAGAGCGACGAUGAUAACCACUGGGAUAUCCGAACAAUAACUCUUCUCAAGGGAAAUGGCAAGCCUAGAAUCGUCGAGCGCAAUUGGACAUUUGAUGCUGUCGUGGUAUCAACGGGCCAUUAUAACCUACCUCGCAUUCCGGAUACUCCUGGUCUUGCUGAAUGGAAAACUCACUUUGGCGAUGAUAUUAUCCACACGAAGCAAUAUCGCCGCCCGGAGCAGUUUGAAGGAAAGACUGUUUUAGUUGUUGGUGGGGGUGCGUCGGCGUAUGAUGUUUGCCGUGAGACUAGUGAGACCGCGAAGAGGGUUAUUCAGAGUACUAGAGGCGGAGACUUUGAUCUACCACCUUCGAUGUUUCCUGGGAGCGUUGAGCAUGUUGGAGAGAUUGAGAGGUUUGUGCUGGAAAAGGAUGAAAAAUCCGAGGGAGUGAAGAGUCGAGUUGUUUUGAGUGACGGAAACACUGUCGACGAUGUUGAUGCUGUCGUUUUGGCAACCGGCUAUCUAACAUCAUAUCCCUUCUUGGCACAGUAUCAUCGCGACGAUGUAUCCGCCAACAACGCAACACGAGAUAUUCUCAUAACGUCUGAGGGAAACAUGGUGCAUAACCUCCACAAAGACAUAUUCUACACCGAGGAUCCAACCCUCUCAUUCAUUGGAGUACCAUAUUACACUGCAACCUUUUCUCUUUUCGACUUCCAAGCACAGGUUCUCGCUCGCGUACUCACUGGAAAAACAUCUCUACCCGAUGUUCAGUCUCUACGACAGGAAUACGAUCAGCGUGUUGCGAGCAAGGGACGUGGGAGGAAGUUUCAUAGUUUGGCGGGAGAUGGUGAAGAGAUCGAGUAUGUGAGGGAUUUACUGGACUGGGCGAAUUCUAGCCUCGUUAGUGACAAGAUUGAACCGUUAGUUGGGCACUCAAAGGAGUGGUUAGAUACUUAUAAUGAGCAGAGGGAGAAGAGGAAGUUGUUGAGGGUUGCGAAAGGUGCUGAGCCGGAGGGGUUAUGGGCGAGGCCUAGUGAUCUGGAGAAGGCAUAG